AUGCUAGUGGCGACUGGCGAGCCUCUUGCAAACCGGGGUGCGCUCGAUCGUCAUUCAGCUGCGGGGUACAGGCUGACCGCUCUGCGCACGGUGACCAACAUGCCAGCACCCAAGGGGACGAGGAGGAGCCUCGUACUGAGGACCGUGGAGCGGUGCAAGUCCGGGACCGGGCGAAGCGGCGGCGCAGCGUCGGCGGUGGCCGCCGGGCGCUUCUCGGUGUACGUCGGGGCGGAGCGGGAGCGGUUCAUGGUGCGCACCGACUGCGCCAACCACCCGCUGUUCCGGCGGCUCCUCGACGACGCCGAGCGCGAGUACGGGUACGCGUCGCAGGGCCCGCUCGCGCUGCCGUGCGACGUCGGCACGUUCCUCGGCGUCCUGUGGCAGAUGGACCACGGACACCACCACCACGACGACGACGACAGUGCCGGCGGCGAGGAGAUCCGGGAGGCGGCGUCGCCGAUAUGCGGCUUGCUGCUGGGUGGCCGCGGCAAGUGCCGGGCGGCUGGGUACCGCCGGAUGCUCAGCCGGGCGAAGACGUCGUGGGCCACCGGGCAGCAGCUUCUCCCACGGUUCACACUUGGCAGUUAGCAUCUGGCAGAAGGAAAUUAAUAAACUUAUUGACCCGCAUUUGGUCAUAGUCAUACCACACCAAGCUCUGCGUUUAUCCGGAUUAGUUGGAGAUUCGCAUACGUAUAAGUAUUCACAUGUUGACCUUGACCAAUACGGUAUUAUGUUUACCAAUACUGUAUACGGGAGUCUGCUGUUCUAUAUAUAUAGUGUAUAAAUAUCCA